AUGACGAAGCUGCAAUGGCGGAUUUCAGGUGGAGUAACUUCCAUGGACGACUUUCUGAAGCAAUUCUUCCCAAAAGUCUACAAACGCAAACAACUUCAUUUCAAAGAAACAGAUUACUGCAAAUACGACGAUCAAAUCCUCACUCGCUUCACUUCCUCUCUUUACUUCGCCGGUCUCCUCUCCACCUUCUUCUCUUCUCACAUCACCAGAAAACAUGGCCGUCGUGCAAGCAUUCUUGUCGGAUCCGUCUCCUUCCUCGGCGGCCUAAUCAACGCCGUCGCAAUCAACAUCGCUAUGCUCAUCAUCGGCCGAAUCCUCCUCGGAAUCGGUAUCGGAUUCGGCAACCAGGCCGUUCCAUUAUACCUUUCCGAAAUUGCUCCGGCCAAAAUCCGAGGCCGAGUGAACCAAUUAUUCCAAUUAACCACUUGCCUAGGGAUUCUGAUAGCCAAUUUCAUCAAUUACGGAACAGAGAAGAUUCAUCCAUGGGGAUGGCGAUUGUCGUUAGGGUUAGCGAUGUUUCCCGCGGCAAUAAUGUUCAUUGGCGGUUUGUUUCUUCCUGAAACGCCUAAUAGUCUCGUGGAACAGGGGAAAUUAGAGGAAGGGAGAAGAGUUCUUGAGAAGAUUCGAGGAACUGCGAAUAUCGAAGCGGAAUUUGCGGAUCUUGUUGAUGCGAGCAAUGCGGCUAGGGCUGUGAAGAAUCCGUUUAGGAAUUUACUGCGGAGGAAGAACCGGCCGCAAUUGAUCAUCGGAGCGGUUGGGAUUCCGGCGUUUCAGCAGCUUACGGGGAACAAUUCGAUUCUGUUUUACGCUCCUGUGAUUCUGCUGAGUUUAGGGUUUGGAUCGGCGGCGUCUCUGUAUUCAUCUGCGUUCACAAGCGGAGCUUUGGUUGUUGCGGCGCUGAUUUCAAUGUUUCUUGUGGAUAAGUUUUGGAGGAGGAAAUUCUUCCUUGAAGCUGGAUUUGAAAUGUUCGUCUGCAUGAUAGCGGGCGAUAACACUGAAAAUAAACUUGGGACAAGGAAAGGAGCUAUCGAAAGGCGUAAGCAUAUUGCUAGUGUGCGUGAUUUGGCUAUUCGUUUUAGCGUACGGAAGGUCAUGGGGCCCAUUAGGAUGGCUAGUUCCUAGUGAGCUAUUUCCAUUGGAAACAAGAUCCGCCGGCCAAAGCAUUGUGGUCUGUGUAAACCUUUUCUUCACAGCGCUCAUUGCUCAGUGCUUUCUG